AUGGCUGCUGUAGAUCGUUUGCAUCAGACUUCUUCUCACUUGACUGGUUCAGCUUUAUCCAGAAGCAGUUCCGGCACUGCUUUGAAACUAAGUGUUCAUCCUUUUAAAGUCACUGUCAUAGGUUCUGGUAACUGGGGUACUACGAUUGCAAAAGUUAUCGCAGAAAAUACUUGUUUAAAUCCACAAUUGUUUGUUAAAGAUGUACAAAUGUGGGUUUUUGAAGAAAAGGUUGAUGGCAAAAAAUUAACUGAAAUUAUUAAUACAAAACAUGAAAAUGUUAAAUAUUUACCAGGUAUUACUUUACCUGGUAAUUUGGUAGCUAACCCAGAUUUAAUCGAUUCUGUUCGUGGUGCUGAUAUUAUAGUUUUUAAUAUCCCUCAUCAAUUUCUACCGCGUAUUGUCAAACAACUGAAGGGUCAUGUUCAACCAAGUGUAAGAGCCAUCUCAUGCUUAAAAGGUUUUGAAGUUGGUCCAAAUGGUGUUCAAUUGCUAUCAGCUUAUAUCACUCAAGAAUUAGGUAUGGAAUGUGGUGCUCUAUCAGGUGCCAAUUUAGCCCCAGAAGUUGCGAAGGAAAAUUGGUCAGAAACUACUGUUGCUUAUCAAUUACCAUCUGAUUUCCGUGGUGAAGGUAAAGAUGUCGAUCACAAACUAUUAAAGGCUCUAUUCCAUAGACCUUAUUUCCAUGUUAAUGUUAUUGAAGAUGUAGCAGGUGUCUCCAUUGCAGGUGCUUUGAAGAAUGUUGUAGCUUUAGGUUGUGGUUUCGUAGAAGGUCUAGGUUGGGGUAACAAUGCUGCUGCUGCCAUCCAACGUGUAGGAUUGGGUGAAAUUAUUAAGUUUGGUCAAGUUUUCUUCCCAGAAUCAAAGGUCGAGACUUAUUAUAAAGAAUCUGCUGGUGUAGCAGAUUUGAUUACUACUUGUUCUGGUGGUAGAAAUGUCCGUGUUGGUAAAUACAUGGCUACUAGUGGUAAGAAUGCUCUAGACUCUGAAAAGGAAUUGUUGAAUGGCCAAUCUGCUCAAGGUAUUAUAACUUGUAAGGAAGUCCAUGAAUGGUUGAGCAGUUGUAAAAAGACCAAUGAAUUCCCAUUGUUCGAAGCUGUUUACCAAAUUGUGUAUAAUGGAGUUCCAAUGGUCCGUCUACCAGACAUGAUCGAAGAAUUGGGUUGCAUUGCUGAGGAAAAAUAA